CUUCCAGCGGCUACUCUAUUCCCUUCCCAUCCUCUUAUCAACACGCUUUGCUUAGCCCCUCUGACUGGGUGUUCUUAAGUAUUGCGCCUGCUUUUGUAUUGUUAUUCAUCGAUUUUCUUCUGUAACCCGUCACGAUGGCACAGUCUCCGGUCGCCGUUGUCUGCGUUGGCAUGGCAGGCUCUGGAAAGACGACCUUCAUGCAGCGAAUUAACUCUCACCUCCACUCGAAGAAGACCGUCCCCUAUGUCCUCAAUCUCGACCCCGCAGUCCACACGGUUCCCUUCGAAAGCAAUAUCGACAUUCGCGAUUCCAUCAACUAUCGAGAAGUCAUGAAACAAUACAACCUUGGACCCAACGGUGGUAUUCUUACCUCCUUGAAUCUGUUCGCUACCAAAGUCGAUCAAAUCAUCGCAUUGCUGGAGAAGCGGACGGCCCCCAACCCCAGCACCCCGACCGCCAAGCCCAUCGAGCACAUCCUGGUCGACACGCCGGGGCAGAUCGAGGUGUUUGUGUGGAGUGCUUCUGGCAGCAUCCUUCUUGAGACUUUGGCCUCUUCUUUCCCUACUGUGAUCGCCUACGUUAUUGAUACCCCCCGCGCCAGCUCCACGAGUACCUUCAUGAGCAACAUGCUCUACGCCUGCAGUAUCCUAUACAAGACGAAGUUGCCGAUGAUUCUUGUCUUCAACAAGACUGACGUUCAAGACGCCGACUUCGCUAAGGAGUGGAUGACCGACUUCGAUGCUUUCCAGAAGGCUCUGCGGGAGGAAGAGGAGGCUGGCGCGUUUGGCACCGAGGGCGCAGCGGGUGGCUUCGGCUCGGGAAGUGGAUAUAUGGGCUCACUGCUCAACAGCAUGAGUUUGAUGCUGGAGGAGUUCUACCGUCACUUGAGCUUGGUCGGAGUCAGUUCAAUGACCGGUGACGGAAUUGACGAGUUCUUUGAGGCUGUCGAAGAAAAGCGUCAGGAGUUUGAGCGUGACUACAAGCCUGAGCUGGAGCGGAAGAAGAAAGAGCGCGAGGAAACGAAGGCGGCGCAACGAGAACUCGAGCUGGGCAAGCUGAUGAAAGACAUGAACGUGUCUGGCUCCAGCAAGGGCAAGCAAACGGCGGACAACGAGCCUGAGACGGUCAGCGAAGCUGAGGAGGAAGAAGAGGCACGCAAGAAUGGCGAGGACUACGAUGAAGACAGUGAUGAUGAUUACAGAAUUCCUCGUGCCGGUGACAGUGAAGGGCUUACGCAGCGCUACAAGGACGCGCUUGCGGAGCAGGGCACCGCCCCGUCCGACCAGGAUCUGAGCUUUGCCAGAUACCUGCGCGCGAACAAUCUCAACCAAUGAUACCUGACCUUAGGGUCGAAAUUGCACGUUUUUCUUUUUCUUUGGAGAUUUGAAAAGGCGUUGAUGGCGGAGAUUUGAACAUAGCCAUGGUAAAUGAAUAGACAUUGAUGAUAACAGGUCAAAUCCUCAACGU